AUGACCUCCCGAGGACCUCAGUCGGCGUACUCUUCCCGAGACGUUUCCCCAGAUUCGCGUCCCGAACCUUACGACCCGUUCCGCUCAGAAUCCGAUCCUAUCGAGCUCGCCUAUCUAUCUCAGCCGCCGCAGGACAGUCACACAAGAGAAGGGCUGCAGCCGGGAGCAUACUUUGGCUUGUCACAUGGGGAGGGUCGAUAUGAGCCUGUUCGUGAAGGAUACACGAGUCCUGGUCUCUCCGCACGCUCGACGAGGGAGUCAACACACACCCUAAACUCUCUCUAUCACAAGAAGGCCUGGGAUGCAGACACGCAAGCUCUGGUCGACCGCCGCUCUGGGGAAUUGGCGCAAUGGCACAUAUAUUGGACUACCCCAGCACUCAUCAUAGUGUUGUUCCUGGCUGGGUUCGCGGCAGCAGUGGGCCACCACUCGUUCUACAUGCACCUCGACGGGCAGCCGGCCAUCGAGCAAUUGAAGAUGGUCAGGUACGGCACGGCCUUGGCAUUCUUCGUGAAAAGCACGCUUGUUGGGACUGUCAUCAUGUGUAAUCGUCAGCGGAUAUGGUACACGUUUCGGCGAAAGGCGAUGACGAUUAACGGCAUUGAUGGCCUGUUCUCUGCAACAGAAGACCCGACGCAGUUCUUCCUAAACUGGGAGAUGAUCAGAAACGGCAAGCUUGCCACAUUGAUGGCCGCCUGUACUUGGUUACUACCGCUUGCAUCCGUGCUGUCUCCGGCGUCGCUCACAUCUGAGCUCAGAACUUUCAAUGACAAUGUUACGUGCUCUGUGGCUACCCUGAACUUUGCCCAGGAGUCUACAUACGACUUCCGGGACAUGAGUAAAUAUUCGCUGAAAAGCUUAAACUUCUACAAUACCACCCAGCCAGCUGCAGAAGAGAAACGAGAUCUUAGAGACGAGGGCUAUUUCGACUACUAUGACCAGCCGUCGAAGAAUGCACGCCGCUUGGCCUUUAGUAGUGUGUACAUGCAGAAGCCACAACCCCGGGAGAAUGCAUCUUCAGUGUUUUGUGGAUCCGGUUGGAACUGCACGUACACGAUUGGAUUCAUUGCACCCGGGUACAAAUGCGACGAUGUUGACGAUACCGAUGGAUCCGAUGCGCCUUUCACCUUUGCUGAUCUUGCACCGAAUGGGAGCCUUGUGUAUUCUGCGGACGUUGACCAAGGCGACUACGGGCACCAAGAGCCGGGAGUCAAUGGGACGUCUUUGGGUGUCUUUAAAAGCGAACCUGUUCUUUGGAUCGGGUAUGCCGUCAAUACGUCCACACCGUAUCCAGAUGACAGCUCGUAUAGAGCCAAAUGGGGAAACGUUCACGAGCCUAGGAUAUUCAAAUGCGUCAUGCAGUACACCAAUUACACAUUCGACAUGACGUUUAACCCCAGACAGUCUGCAACGCGUCGAGACCGAGUGUUUCUGCGUCCUGUCAUUGGCGGAGAUCCCGUUAAGCCCCAAGAUGUAGAAAAGUACAAGUUGACAGCCUCGUAUCACACUAUGGGCUCGCUUUUACGUCGCUUCCUUCGUGGCAAGAUCGAGCAGCAAAAAUUCCUGGUCACCUACUCGGAUCUGUCUGAAACGCGACUGGCCAACAGCAGCACAUCGUAUCCGCUGGUGGACCUGAAGACCGAGAUACAAGACUUCUUCGAAGAUAUCCUCAUCACCCUGCUCAAUGAGCCCAAGCUGGUCGUCGCACAGGACCAGGAGGUACCUUGCGUGAAAUCACGUACCAUGAUGGUGUAUGUGUACUACAGGCGCUCCCUCUGGAUUGGGUACGCAAUUGUCAUUGCAAUCACUUUUGCCUUUAUACUCGUCGGCGCAUGGUCACUUUAUGAGAAUGGAGUAGCGUCUGACGUGCUCUUUUCCCGUAUUAUGGCCACAACCCGCAACCCUACCCUGGAUCACCUGAGCGUGGGUGCGUGUCUGGGCGGAGAUCCCUUUCCUAAAGAGCUGACACAGACGAAACUACGCUUUGGCGUGCUACUUGAGGAUGAUCCCAGAGAGGGACCUCUGGGAAAGGUCGAGCAUUGCUGUUUUGGCACCAUGGGCGAGACAAAGGAGAUUGUCAAGGGUGGCACGUACGGCUAA